AUGGCACCUGUUUCAUUGCCUCCCGGCUUCCGUUUUCACCCAACAGACGAAGAACUCGUCGCUUAUUAUCUGAAGAGAAAAAUUAAUGGCCGCAAGAUUGAACUCGAAAUCAUUCCUGAAGUUGAUCUCUACAAGUGUGAGCCAUGGGACCUGCCAGGAAAAUCUUUAUUGCCAAGCAAAGAUUUGGAAUGGUACUUCUUUAGCCCUCGAGAUCGUAAAUAUCCAAAUGGUUCAAGGACAAACCGGGCUACAAAGGCAGGGUACUGGAAGGCCACCGGGAAGGAUAGAAACGUGAAUUCACAGACGAGGGCUGUUGGAAUGAAGAAAACCCUGGUUUACUAUAGAGGGAGAGCACCACAUGGAGCUCGAACCAAUUGGGUUAUGCAUGAAUACCGCUUAGACGAAAGAGAAUGUGAAACUAAUUCAGGCUUGCAGGAUGCUUACGCCCUAUGCCGUAUAUUCAAGAAGAGUUUGAAUGCCCCCAAAACUGGCGACCAUUAUGUCACAACACCAGCUAGUGAUCGGUCUUCUAGCAUUGACAUAUAUUCUGAAGGAAAAUGGAACGAUUUUGAUAGCUCUGACUAUGCAUCGCCAUUAGUUACAAGUUCAUCCAGUGCAAUCCAGGGCUCUCAAAUGGAUCCAGUUGGCCCAAGUGACGGCAGAUUGAUGCAAUAUCUAUCAGAAGAGGAACUUAGUUUUAGUAAUCAGUAUUCUAACUGUGCACCAAUGUCAUAUCCACAAUCCAAGGUUGAUACAGAAUUAGAGUGUGCAAGGUUGCAACAGAGAUUUUCAUUGCCUCCACUACAAGUCGUCGACUUUCCACAGUCUAACUUUGCUGCUGAUACCAGUACAUCACAUUCAAUUGCUUUCCAAGAAAAUAGAAAUCACCCUAAUAUUUUGGAGGAAAUUUUAUCUAUUGCUCAAGUUUCUCAGGAUUUUCAAAAUCCAAACACAACAUUGGAUGGAAUUUAUGCUGAAGCUGAUGAGUUUUUCUUUCCGCCCCAUUCUAAUCAAGUACAGGAUAUGUGUUCCCUCAAAUAUACUGACAACUUAAGAGAAGAACCAGACCAUAGGUCCAUUGAAAUUGGAGAGAAGGAUGAAGUAGUCCAAUCUGGGGGAAUGGUUGAGAACUUGAGAUGGUUAGGGAUGUCAAAUAAAGAACUUGAAAAGAUGAACUUUUCUGAGGAAUACAAGAUGGUUUCAAUAGAAAAUAAUUCCAACUUUCAUAAUGAGGACCAUGAUUUUCAAGGAGAAGCUGGUAACCCCAACUUCAAUACGUGGGAUGAUACAGUGGAUAACGAUAUUUUAGUUGGACUUGUAAAUGACAAUGCAAGUGAAAACUUCUUAAUUGAUGGAGACAUUGAUCACUUCUCGAGCAGUCCAAGCUUCGAGGUUUUUGAAAAAGUUGAAAUCAACCAUGGAUUGCUAGUUUCAACGCGACAAGCCCCUAAGACAUUUUAUCACCAAGUAAUUCCUUCAAUGACAGUUAGUGUCCAUCAAAACCCCAAGACAAUGCAUGAAUCUCCAGUAGCAAAAUCUUAUUCAAGAACAAUACCUAAGACUAGAAGUUUAUCUAACAAGAUUGCAGUAUUUUCCAGAACUAUAUUCACAGCCAUGGUACAAUGGAGAUCAGUUAGCACAUUUAUCAGUAUGGUGGCACUUUUGCAUACUUAUUGGAUAUAUUUCGUGGAACACAGAGAGUCUACAGAUGAAAACAACUCGGAGAGAAUAGAGGAGUAUUGCUCUAUCAAGACUGUGAAGAUUAUGGAUACCCUAAAUUUGGGAAGAGAUUGCAAGGAAAAUGAAGAUUCAGUUGUUUCAGGAGGAUCCCUAAUUUCUGCUGAGGUUAUAAAACAAUGCAAGACAUUAUACUUCACCAUUGCUUUUGCUUUGUGUAUCAAUUGGAUGCAACACAUAUAG